AGACUCAAGUUGGUGAGUGUUCAUCUAAACUCCCUUUUUGCUGUUAUAUAAUGGGGCCCCACUUGUGACAUAUUCUGUAUCCUACUACCCUAGUGUCUACGAUGUCAUAUUUUAGUGAGAAAGGUUAGUUUUCUGUUUUGCACAAAAUAUUUAAAAAAAAAGAAAAUAUUGGCUUUUCAAUUUACUGUUUUGAUAGGGAAGGGAAACCUGUUGCUUGUUGAGUCUCCCUAUUGCUCCUGAAGAUUGUCCAUCUUCAGUCAUAGGUUUGGUGUCAGUAUAGAAGGCAACUAAGAGUACCUGGAGAAUACUUAUUACUGUACUGUAUUAUGUAUAGCUACUAUAUGGUAGGAGCACACUGGUCAAUACUCUUCACACUGAUUCGAGACCAGACCCAGGACGUAGUAGUGAGAGGUGAGUGUGCUGCUUCCACCAUCCCCUUUAGUUUUUACUUCACCACAUUAGGGAAAAUGUUGAAAAUUGGGGUAAAAUUUGGCCAAGACCGAAUGUACCAGUAACUCAGUUUUUCCCAGGAGAAACCAAGUUGCAAGUUAACAACAUUUAAAGUUAUUACAAUUCCAAACUUUAAAUUUACCUUAUUUACCUAAUGACCAUCCAAACUAGAGGUGGCCACGCCGAGGGAAAGAGGCCAGAGGCAUAUAUACUGCACUCAAAAUUAUAUUCAAAUACUGUACCUGUAUAAUAAUCAAAAGGAAAUUAGAAGGAUAGCUAAUUGGGACACACAACAGGCAGUACAAUUGAGAUAUAUUUAUGUAAGAUUCGCCACUAAUACAGAAAAUAAAGAAAAAGAACUACAGUACGAGUAGUCUGAUAUUCAGCUCAGAAAACAAAAAUGAAGACACAAACUCUGCUGACAUAACCUCUUAACUUAAACAAGUAGAGGAACAAGCUACAACCAGUGCAUCAACUGAGUCCACCAAGAAGAGAUAUCAUACAGGCAGCUCCAAAGAGGAUGAUUCAGAUUUGGUGAUAAAGAUGGUUAAAGUGGAUGAAGAGUUACAAGAUGGCAGUAAACCUAUGCAUGUACCUCCACUAGAAUCUCUCAGAGGUGGAUAUCUGUGGGUAUCAGAUAUUUCCUCACAGAUAUGGUGUGAACAACAACUGGAGUACCGGUUAUCUCUACCACCUGAUGUCAUCAUUCCUGAACCUAAGGCAGUGACUAAAGGCUCAGAGUUACAUUUAGCACGAGAAUUGGAAGUUCAAGAUUAUGUAAACAUAAAAGUGACUUCAAGUGAAGACAUAUUUGCAGUUAAGGUCCUCAACCUUCUCAUAGUUUUCAAGAGUAUCCUGACUCAUUCAUCAACAGUACAUCGAGAAGUUCCCAUUUUUGGAGUUGUGGACGGUGUGUUUAUCUUAGGUAAAAUAGAUGAAGUAAGAGUAGAUGAUGAAACCUUUAAUCUUGAUAUUGUGGACCUAAAGACGAGAAGAUAUCAGAGGCCUCCAGGGAAAGCCCAGAAGAUUGCACAUGAUGCUCAGGUGAUGUUAUAUAAGCAUCUUUUUGAUAACUUGGUGCGUGGUUUCAUCCCCUGCCAUAGUCUCAGAGUGGCACUCAAAUUGGAUCUUGAUCGAACCUUGGGAGAGAGUGUGACAAAACACAUCUGCAGCAGUCUUACAACAUUAUUAAGUAAAGAUAAGAAAGAGGAUUCAUGGAAUUUGUCACAGCUGUUAGAUGAACUUAGGAAUGCUGCAGAAAGUCUACCUUUUAUUAACCAGCUCUUCAUAGAUUAUGUCUGGCAAGAGAGUCAGCAAACAUUCUUGAUGGAGGAGGUCAAAUAUGAUGGUGUAUGGUUAGAAAAUCAAAUGGCAAAAUAUCUCAAGUACUGGAAGGGCGAGAGGGAGUGCCAAGGGGUUGACGUUGAAGAUGCUUGGAAAUGUCACUCCUGUGAUUUUCAGGAUGGUUGUAAAUGGAUUGCCAAGAAAACCAGAGAACACCAACUUGCAAGAGACAGAAAAAACAAUACAAAGUAACGUGCCAGUGAAAUCAUUUGAUAGUACUUCUGUGGUGAUAAUUCGGUAGUGACAAUUUUUGGUGAGAAGUGCAGGUAGAUAUACAGCACAUAGACCACAGGUCAGUGAACUACAUAGGUUUUGAGUUACAUUGCUUUCUAUUGGUAAUAUGCAUCACCAUGACAUCACAGUACCGGGUAAUUACAAGCCUGACAAGAGACUAUGCAGCACAGACAGCUGCCAUCAGGUAAUUACAGCUAACCCACAUAAUCAUGUAAAAUGGCCGUAAAAAGUUGAUGAUACAGAUAUCUAGACGGUCCGUCCCUCGUAACGAUCUUAAAGAGUGAAGUGCUUCCCCAUCUGGAGUACUGUCACCCUAUCUGGUCCCCGAGAUAUGCUAGGGACUGUCAGUUGGUUGAA